AUGCUACGUUCUCAGAAGAGAUACGAACAACGAAAGUCUCAAGAGUGUCUACAGAAACGAAUACCCGACUAUUCAUGGUUGAUUAGUGAGAAUUCACAGAAACCGAAGAAGUAUCUAACAAUGAAUGAACGAGCUCGUCUUACCCGAGCUUGCGAACGUCUUCGUGCUAACGAAUGGUCAAAGCUCAUCAAUCUUUGGAAAGCGAGGUCCAAAAAUGCUUCCUCACGCGAACACAUUUUCGACAGUUUCAUCUCGUCCGUUCAUGAAGUAAUCCUAUCAAGACCGCGUCCACCAAGUGUAGGUGAUGUCCUGAGAAAAUACAUGCGAAGUGCAAGCAGCGUCAAUGCGGUAGCGGAUUCGCCACGCAGUCAAAUCGACUCACCGCGUUCUUUGGCUAACUUCUCCUUCCGUGAGCUGAACGAGAUUGUCUAA